AUGUCAUUUUUUUUCUCCCGCCAAUCCGACAUUUCGUUCCUUCUUUUUUCUGAGUCAACUUCGACAACGCGGAAUUCCAGCCAGGCCCGCCUCUUGAGCAGGCUGGCAGUAGACGGAAGCAAGGGCAGAGCUAUGCCCGUUCUCAACACCACCAGGGCCACUGCUGCCGCGUCCGGCGUUGACGCUACCUUGACCAUCAGGGACGGCCCUGUGUUCCAUGGCACAGCCUUCGGUGCCAACUCGAACAUUUCGGGCGAGGCUGUCUUCACCACCUCGCUUGUCGGGUACCCCGAGUCUAUGACGGACCCCUCCUACCGUGGCCAGAUCCUGGUCUUCACGCAGCCCCUCAUUGGCAACUACGGCGUGCCCUCGAAUCAGCGCGACGAGUACGGCUUGCUCAAGUACUUCGAAUCCCCCCAUAUCCAGUGCGCCGGAGUCGUCGUUGCCGACGUGGCUGAGAAAUACAGCCACUGGACGGCUGUUGAGAGCCUGAGCGAGUGGUGCGCACGCGAGGGCGUCCCUGUCAUCUCGGGUGUCGAUACCCGUGCCAUUGUCACGCAUUUGCGCGAGCAGGGUUCUUCCCUUGCCAGGAUCUCGAUUGGUGAUGAGUACGACGCCGACGAGGACGAGGGCUUCAUUGACCCUGGUGCCAUCAACCUGGUCAAGCGCGUGAGCACGAAGGCUCCGUUCGUCGUUUCGAACCCCAACGCCACCUUCCAUGUCGCCCUGAUCGAUUGCGGCGUCAAGGAGAACAUCUUGCGCAGCCUGGUCAGCCGCGGCGCGUCUGUCACCGUCUUCCCCUACAACUACCCGAUUCACAAGGUUGCCGACAACUUCGAUGGUGUCUUCAUCUCGAACGGCCCCGGUGACCCGACUCAUUGCCAGGAGACUGUUUACAAUCUGGGCCGGCUAAUGGAGACUUCGUCGGUCCCUAUCAUGGGUAUCUGCCUCGGCCACCAACUCCUCGCUCUUGCCGUUGGCGCCCAGACCAUCAAGCUCAAGUACGGCAAUCGUGCUCACAACAUUCCAGCCCUCGACUUGACCACUGGCCAGUGCCACAUUACCAGCCAGAACCACGGUUAUGCCGUCGACGCUAGCACCCUGCCGAGCGAGUUCAAGGAGUACUUCGUGAACCUCAACGACGGCAGCAACGAGGGCAUGAUGCACAAGACUCGCCCCAUCUUCUCGACCCAGUUCCACCCCGAGGCGAAGGGCGGCCCCAUGGACAGCUCAUACUUGUUUGACAAGUACCUGGAGAACGUCCAGAUGUACAAGGACAAUUCCAAGGUCUACCGUGACAACAGGCCGUCACAGCUGAUGAUCGACAUCCUUAGUAAGGAGCGCGUCGGUGUCGAGCCUUCGCCCCUGGCUGCAAACGCUAUUUGA